AUGGAUUUGGGGAAGGGACUCGAUGCCCGUCCUGCAUGGAUUUGGGGAAGUGACUCGCUGUCUAAUAGAGAAGAGACUGAGAUGAGAGCAAGUGCUCUAUGUGUUGCCAGGGUUGCUUUGUGUUCGGCAUGGAUUUGGGGAGAGCUUUCCUUCGGCAUGGAUUUGGGGAAAGGAAAUGAAUUUGUUCUGUGUGUUUGCCAAGGAGUCAUUGCUCUGGCUUGGGUUGGAUGUGAUGGUUGGAUUGGGUUGGAUGUGAUGGUUUUUGGGGAAAAUAAA